UGAAAACUUUUUCGAUAAACGCAGGUAAAUCGGAAGUCUUCAUUUGUAAACUAACUGCUCCAUUCAGGUGUUCAAAAAUGGCGUUGAUAAACAGAUUUUUGUGUUGGAAGUUGCGAACAGCAUGUUUUCUGUACUAUAUACUUAUAAUUUUUACCACAGCCUUUGCUCUUGCCAUGAGGGUAGCAGACCUGUGGGCCAUAGCUUCCCCAGAUUUCCAGAUCAGCAGAGGAUUUAGCACUAUGUGGAGAACACAUUUCUGGCAAGCCUUUCUAGCCAGUGACGUAGUGUUGACAUUUUUCCAUGUUGUGAUUGUGCUAUUUAGUUUGUUUAUGAUCUUCCAAGUCAGACACAGGCAUUUUGUGAUGUACAUGCUACAACACAAGAUAUACAUUGGUACAUUUAUAACCUACAUAUUGGUGGAGCUGGCCUUUUCAGUGUUUGAGUACUCGUUUUAUGGAAUGAACACAUUUCGAUUAUCCUUUGUUGUAUUCACCUGGUUGUUUUGGAUGAUGAGGAAUGUAAUAAAUCUUAUAUUCAUUGUUGUGAUGAUUGCCAGAAAACAGGAGAUGGCCGAACAGAUGGACAUGGAAUUACGCUAUGCUGGACAGAAGAAAAGAGGAAAUUAUUAUGCUUAAACUUUGAUUUACACAUUUAUAAUCGUUAUACAUGGAAACUCUAUUGUUUA